GCUGAAUCUUUGUCCUUCUCUUUAAAAACUUUUGUAUUUUAUGAUAAGCCGCAUAGGUUGUAUUUUGUUCUUUCUUUCAAAAAUUUUCAACUUUUAGAUUCUGACAAAUAGAGAAUUGUCGGCUCUGAAUGACCCCGUAUCCGACUUUAGCACGCCAAAUUUCAUACAGUUGCUUAAGGUUAAUGUCGUUAGAGGUAAGCUAUCACAUAUCACGACUGUGAUGUUCGAGAGCUUUCUGAUUUUCGAAAAGCUCAGCGAGAUUUCAGGUCAGUAUCCUGAAGCUUUUCUUCGUGCGUGGGAUCAGUAUGAUGAGGAGAGGGAGUCAGAAAAUGAUCGCCCUACCGAUUAUGCAAGUGAUGAGCAGCUAUUCGUCACAAUUGGAAUGGCUAUGGGUGGCACUGAUUUGGAGCACUAUCAGGUAUAUUUCCGGUUAUUAUAUCAGGUUCUAUCGACUUUACUCCAAGUGGCAAUAUCAUUGCUCGUGGCCGAGGACAGACUAGAGUUCGAGCACCGUGACCUGCACAUCGGAAAUGUUCUGGUGAUUGAAGAGGAUGCCGACCUAGAGUACAAGGUAAAGGGUGGCACUAUGGUCCUGCGCUCGUAUGGUGUUAAAGUGAAUAUUAUCGACUUUACUUUGAGCCGAAUGCGUAAAGCUGGCGAUUUUCAGAAGGAACGACACUUUAUCGUGAUCUUGAAGCUGACGAAGAAUUGUUUACGGGAAGUGGGGAUUACCAAUUUGACAUCUAUAGGAUGA